AUGGCUCGGUCAGAUCUGUCCCGCAAGAUUGAGCAAGCUAGCGAUUAUGUCCAAAUGGUUAAUAUUUUGUUGAAGGAGCUGAAACUACCUGACCCGACAAAGCGGCAAGGUCUGAAGCGGUUCGCUAUCAAUUAUUCGCAGUACAGCAGGAAGAUAAACGCGUGUUACGACGCGCACAAUCAACCCGCUCAUAAGGAUUAUCUCGUCCUUGCAGUGAUUGUAAAUCUAUGGGCGAAACUUGGUGUUGAUAUGGUACUAAGAGACCGAAUUAUUGCCGACGGCAUCAUCGAGCGCAUGGCGGUAUUGCUUCAGGAGGGUCCCGAUGACACACGCCAGUCGGUAUUAUUUGCAUUGUCUACCCUAACGCACCACGGUGGAGAACAUGCACGCAAGAUGAUUGCCGUACUUACAGUCCCAGCCAUCAUCGACUUGCUUGACACACCCAAUUGCCGUGCACGAGUCGCCGAACUUGGGAUUGCAGUCUUAGCUCACUCUAUGGGUGCUGCCAUCACGGAGGGUGAACCACAUUUCCAUGAAGGGGCGGAAGUUAUCAUUCCAGCUGCUUUGCGGAGCAUCGAUGGGGUACGGAUGUUAUCUACUAUUACUGAGGCAAUACGUCGACCAGACGCCGAUGAAGAGCUUGUAUCCCAUGGGCUCGAUCUCCUACGUACCCUCGCAUUCUCCUACCGUAAGCCCCUACUCGAGACCUCGGCCGAACGUCCGCUUGUUGCUGCACUUGCCAGUCCAAAUCUCGAUGUCCGUCUACUUGGUUUAACUGGACUUCUCAGACUUGGGUCAUCCGUAACUGAGCGAGAAGCAUUUUACCCAAAGCUCAUGGAGGCUAUGCGUAACCAGUAUGGUGGUCUCGAAGGCGGGAUGAUUGCUGAAUUAGCAGAGGAUGGUAUGGGAAUGGGAUUCGAAACCAUGGUCAACGGGGACUCUGGAGACCCCCUACAAACUGGCCGAGACCUGUGCAAAUCAAUUAUGGAAAAGGAAUUCUCUUUAGGUGCUGGUUCCUAUAUGGGAUGGGAGAACCCUUCAGACGCACAUCUUCCAGCUGUGAUCGAAAUCAAGCUUGCGAUAGCAACUGGUGACAGACAUCGAAUAUGGUCCUUAGGUGACGCUGCGAUGCAACGGUUCCCCGACGUUGGAUUCUUCUAUUAUGCACGCUCUAUUUGGACGGAGGACCCCCGUCUUGCACUGCGCUUGGCUAAAAAGGGACUGGCAUGCUCUGACUUGACGGAUUAUAUUAAACGUGGGCUAUUAUUCAAGAGCGCUGACGCAGGGUACGAAAUGACGGUGGAUGGGGGGCCUCUUGAGAUCGCUCAGCCCGGAUCUCCUGCAUGGCGCGAAGGAGUAGCCAUCUUACAUUGCGCUCAGGAGGAUGCGAGGGCUUACAUCGAAAUGACCCCUAUGGAUCAAAGGAAUAUGAAGACGGCAAUUUAUAACUACAUUGCUAUCACCCUUUUAUUGGAAGGUGAUCAGAUAUUCAAAGACAUAGAGAAAAUUAGGCCCUACGUCGAGAAGCUUUCUAUUGCUGAACAAAUAUCUUCUGUCAUCCAACCUCUUGCCAAAACACAACGCAAACUUGCGAUUGAUACUAUUAUUCCUUUGUUCGCGAAACCCAUGAAGAACUGGCGUACCGUGAUCUCUCGUCUAGAUAAACCCAGCAGAGGGCACCACCGCCACUCCCAUCUCACCGAAGACGACCCUGAUCACAUUCUUGCCAAUUGGCUUGCACGAACACAAUUUGACGACGAAGAUGCGGCUCAAACUGAAUUCGCGGAUAUCAAUGCUCCGGACGACACAUCCUACGGGACAGCCUUGGCGGAUGUACUCGUCUAUCGGUGCUCCUUGUGUGGAAAUCCCAGCGCUUCGUUGAAGAGGUGUGCGAGGUGCAAGAGUGUGAGGUACUGUGAUGAUGUUUGUUGA